AUGAUAAAAAAUAGAAACAAAGGAGGAAAUUCACAAAAUACCAAGAAAAUAACCCAGUUAUAUCAUUUAAAAGGUUACAAUACAUUAAACAAAAUAUACUUGUCUUAUAGAGGAGAUACUUUCAUAUUUAAAAAGAAUAUAUCAUCUAAUGUUACAAAUAAUAUAAGUGAAGAGGAUAGUGAUGAUGACCAUGAUAAUGAUAAAUUAUUUUUAAAUGGAGAUAGCGAUGACGAUGAAGAAAAUGAAAAUGUAGAAUUAAAAAAAAAAAACUCAGACAAAAAUAGUUGUGACAAUAAAUCCACUUCAACUUGUCUAAAUAACGAGAUAGAAACAAAAAAUAUUCCUACCCAAAUUAAAAAAAAGAGCAAAUACGAUUCAGACAAGAUAAUAAUAUAUGAAGAUAUAACAGAAUUACCAAGUGAUAUAUGCAGUUCUCUUUUGGCCAAUGAAGAAAUAGAACAAAUAAAUACAGGUGUUCCUGAUUAUGAUUUUGGUAUUUAUGUUAACAAUAUUAUUCAUAAUAAAAAUAAAAAUAAAUAA